GGAGUGGAGUGCGGCAAUGGAGAAAGGCGAAGCGGAGGAGAAGAAGAGGCCGAUUUUCCGAGAUAUAAGGCGGUAUUAUUGCGAGUAUUGCGGAAACUGUAGAUCCAAGAAGUCUCUGAUUGCUUCUCAUAUCUUGGCUCAACACAAGGAUGAGAUGGAAAGGGAUGAGGGUGAUGAGGAAGUAGAGGUGGAGAAGUGUAAUACAUGUGAAGAAUGUGGUGCUAGUUUCAACAAGCCUGCAUAUCUGAAGCAGCAUAUGAUAAGCCAUUCACUUGAGAGGCCAUAUGUUUGCACAAUCGAUGAUUGUCGUUCUGCUUAUAGAAGGAAGGACCAUUUGAACCGUCAUCUUCUUCAGCACCAAGGAAAACUCUUUAAGUGUCCAAUUGAGAACUGUAAGAGUGAAUUUGCUUUUCAAGGUAACGUGAAGAGGCAUGUUGUAGAAUUGCACAGUGAGAAUUGCCCUUCUAUUAGCGUUGAAGGUCAAAAGCAGCAUGUGUGCCAGGAACCUGGUUGUGGAAAGGUGUUCCAAUUUGCUUCGAAGCUGUGGAAAUACGAGGAUUCUCAUGUUAAGCUGGACUCAGUGGAAGCCUUCUGCUCUGAACCAGAUUGUAUGAAAUAUUUUUCUAAUAAGCAAUGCCUUCAGGACCAUAUCCAGUCCUGCCACACUCAUAUCACUUGCGAGAUAUGUGGGAACAAGGAAUGGAAAAAGAACAUCAGAACCCAUCUCCAUGCUCAUGAAGAGGGAGUCUCUUCAUUGGAAAUCAAAUGUGAAUAUGAGGGUUGUCUUCACACAUUUACUAAAAAAUUGAAUCUUCUCCAGCAUGUGAAAGCUGUACACCUCCAACAGAAACCCUUCUCUUGUAGCUUCUCAGGUUGUAGCAAGACAUUCUCAUACAAGCACGUGAGAGAUAAGCACGAAAAGUCUGGAUGUCAUGUAUAUGCCUAUGGGGAUUUUGAGGAGGCUGAUGAGCAAUUCCGGUCAAGGCCAAGAGGUGGGCGAAAGAGGAUGUGUCCAACAGUGGAAAUGCUUGUACGUAAAAGGGUUACUCCACCAGAUCAAUUUGGACCAGAGACCGAGUUCCUCUCCCAGUUCUUCUCACAAGAGGUAGACGAACAGUGAGUCACGUGCAAAUAGUUCAUGUGAUUGCCCGCCUUCCCCCACUAUAACCUAUGGAAGUUGGUAUUUUGUGUCUCUAUAUGUGUAGCCUUUUGUAAUUAUUUAGAAUCCUGGGUUUUGUGAUCUUCUGAGAUUGGUGGUUGGUUCGGCCAAUUCAUACUACAAGCCAGCAAAGUUUUGAC